AAAAAGCGGGAAAUUAGAAGAGCAAGAACCUGAGCCCCCAACCGAAACGCAAUGGACGAUUCAGGAGCGAUUCUCUUUCAAAUCUCUUCUCUAAAAGAUAUGCUCGAUCAAGUAAAUGAGGAAAUUGAAGCUAACAUUCAGAUAACUCGAGAGAUCGAGUCAGAGAUCGUCAAAUGCACUGAGUUCGAGGCCGAUUUGGCUGCCAGAGAAUCGGACCUCACCAAGACGCUUUAUUUCUCGCAAUUUGAAGUCAAUGGAUUACUCUCUGUUGCCUAUGAGUCGAAGAAGUCUGUUAAAUUCUUAGAGGAGGAGAUUUGUGGUCUAAGAAAAAAGAAGAUGGAGAUGCUUGAAAGCAUGGACGACAGACGAGAACAGUUUGUCAUGCAAUGUCUAGAAUUUCAAAGGGAUAUCGACAAAGGUGAAAAUGAAGUGGUGAAUUUGUUGUCAGAAAAGGAGUUUCUUGAAAAUGAAAUCCAUCUCUUGGAUGAGAAAAAUAAUGCUUUAAAGAAUUUGAUGUUGGCUUUCAUGGAUGAAAUUGUUCAAGAUCUUCUUGAUUGCAACUCCGCUUUAGAUGUUGAGACACAGAGAAGGAAUCAGGAGAAUGAGAAACUGCUCAAGGAUAUUGAUGUUAUGAAGAGCAUGUUGCAUUCAAGUAUCAAUCACUAUAAUUGUUAGUCAUCGACAAACUUUUGUGAGCGCAAAAAUGGUUGUCUGAUAACCAGAGGCAUGGUUAUCAUCCAGUGUGUUUUUUACUCAGAAUGGACUGCCUUGCAAGAUGUACCAGGGCUGCACCAUGAUACAUCGGGUAGGGGGUCCGACUUGGUUACAGUUUGGGUGCUUACUUUACCGAUAGAGAACAAAUUCAGGUACACACAGAAGUUGAUUUGCGCAGUUCUGGAUUUGUAAUAUAAAGUUGAUAUUCAAGGAAAGGACUUACCCUAGGCCUCUUCUACUGUAACUGGCUUCAUUACUUGAGCCACCUAGAAGAUAUAAAUAGGUAUACUGAACCUGCUGAUCGUUAUAAUAUAAGAAGGCUCGAAACAAUAAGUCU